AUGGGCAACACAAUCUUACACGUUGCAGCCCAUUAUGGCCACUCCAAUUUCGUGGCAGAAGUCCUUAAGAUUACUCCGGCAUUGUUAUGCAAUCAGAAUAGGAAGAACGAGACUGUGCUACACAUAGAAGCUAAUGAAGGUCACAUCGAAGUAGUCCAUUUGCUAUUUAGUAUAGAGGAUCAUUAUAAGGAGAAGCUCAUGAGGAUGACAGAUGAGAAUGGAGCUCCAACCCUGCACAAGGCCGUGAGGAGCCGACAUGAAGAUGUAGCCAGUUUCUUGGUGAAAGAAGAUCCUGAAUUUGAAUUUCCAUCCAACAAGGAGAAGGAGACACCAAUGUAUCUAGCAGCUAAGUCUAGUCUUCGUGAAGCUUUGGUUGAAAUCUUGAACUCCUGCAAGAAACCAACUUCUUCUACAGAUCCAUUAAAUCGAACACCUCUGCAUGCAGCAGUAAUUCAGGAACACACGACCAUAUUAUACAGUCAAGAAAGUGUGGUAAAUUUCUUAUUGAAGCCAAAGCGGGAUAAGCUUAUCAAGGAUCCAGACAAUGAUGGCAACACUCCUCUCCAUUUUCUUGCUUCCUCUAAUUUCUAG